UAUACGGAUAAGCCGUUUAGAAAUGCCAGAUUUAUUUCCAAAAAAUUUCGAUUCUGCCCCACUGUGGAACGUUUGACAUCAUGGACUCUAUUUAAAGCCAGGGAAGAAGCACAUUCAAUUACUCAAGAGGAACAGGAAAAUGAUCCCAAAAAUUUUAAAGAAAUGUUUAAAUCCUAAAAUGUUGAUGAUUGGAAAAAUGCUGUUAAUCAAGAAUAUAACUCCUUAAUUAAAAACAAUACUUGCUACAAACUACUAUUGGAUGCAAAUGGGUUUUUAAAACCAAAUAUAAACCAGAUGGAAAAGUUGAAAAAAGAAAGGCACGAUUAGUAGCUAAAGGUUACACCCAAAAAUACGAAAUGCAGAUUAAAGAAAUCUAUAUAUGGAUCAAAAAAAGCUGGCCGACAAUGAUGAUAUAAUUAUAACAUGCAACUGCGAAGAAACUACAAACAAGUUGAUAAAAUUAAUAUCAGAAAACUUUGAGAUACGCGACAUUAAAGAACCAAAGCACUGUAUUGGACUUGAAAUUAUUCAAGAUUCUGAAUCGUUAUCUAUAUGUCAACCGGGAUAUAUUCAAAACCUAAUUGAAAAAAAUGGGUUAUUAAAUGCAAAAUCUGUUAAAAUUCCUAUGCAAUCAAAAAUUAAUUUGGAAAAAGAACCAAAAAUUCCAGGAGAAGGAGAAAAAGUAGAUAAAACUAAGUAUCAAGAAAUUAUAGGUUCUUUAUUGCAGUUUUAAUGUGUUAACAAAUUAUUACAAUUUUGCCAAGAUCCCAGAAAGCAGCACUGGAAUGCGUCGUUAUACAUAAUUAGAUAUCUAAAAGAAACAAAACAUUACAAAAUAACUUACAAGAAAACGUCACUACCAUUAAUGGGCUAUGCAGAUGCAAACUGGGCUCAGGAUAUUGACGACCGAAAAUCUCAGUCUGGACACUGUUUCAUUUUUGCUGGUGCUGUCAUAUCAUGGGAGUCUCGCAAACAAAAUGUUGUUGCAACUUCAAGUGCAUAGUCGGAGUACAUAUAAUUGGCUGAAUCAGCAAAAGAAGCAAUGUUCUACAAUAAUCAUGAGUGACUCUCAGAGCGGCCAACACAUGGCAAAAUUCGGUGGGCAUCACUCGAGAACCAAACACAUACAUUAUCGAUAUCAUUUUAUUCGUGAUGCAGUCGAAUCAAAUUGUAAAUAUAAAAUAAAUCCCUACAGAAAACAUGGUUGCAGAUGUUUUAACCAAAUCAUUGCCAAAAAUUAAGCAUCAAUUUUGUAUUGGAAAGAUGGGUAUGACAUUCAAAACCAAUAAUCGUUGAGGAGGCGUGUUGGAUAUCAACUUUAUUGUUUUGUACUUGUUAUUUUAUUUUAUAGUUGUUC